AUGGCGAGAUGCGGAUUCGACUGGAUCUGUAUCGACUGCGAACACGGAAACAUCACAGACAAUGAAAUGCACGACAGCGUGCACGCCGUCGCAUCGGUCGGAGUCUCUCCCAUUGUCCGCAUUCCUGCCAACGAAGGCUGGAUGGUCAAGAGAGCACUCGACUCGGGCGCCCACGGGAUCAUCGUGCCGCUGCUGUACACUGUCCAAGACGCAAAGAGACUGGUCGAGUCUGCCAAGUUCCCUCCACGAGGCAAGCGAGGAUUCGGCAGUCCCUUCUCCAUGGGCGCCUUCGACAACCAGGGCAACCUGAGUGCCUUUGAAUACAUGAAUACCGCCAAUGACAAUCUCUUGACCAUCGCGCAGAUCGAGACCAAGGAGGCGUUCGAGUGCGUCGAGGAAAUCGCACGGGUUGACGGCGUAGAUGUAUUGUUCAUCGGCCUUUUCGACCUCAGUAACAAUCUGGGGUAUUCCCUCCAAGGUGGCUUCCCACCAGAGAUGACAGCAGCCGUUGCUCGAAUCUUAAAGGCGGCAAAUGACGCCGGCAAGAAGGCAGGCAUCUACUGUCCUUCGGGCGAGUCUGCUCGGCAGUAUGCGGACAAAGGAUUCCAUAUGAUUUCGGCGGCCACCGAUGCAACGGCCCUGCUGACCAUCAUGACUAAAUCUUUAUCCAAGGCCAAGGGGCAAACGACCGUGCAGCCUGUCAAAGGUGCUGCUUAUGGCGGGGCCAAUGUGAAAUAG